AUGAAAUUAUUGUUCUACAUCGUCUGGAUUUCCGCAUUGGCGGACACAGCUGCAACAUUUAAAAUUGCAAUAUUCGUACCUGAUAAUGCAAAUAGCCAAGCGAUAUGGAGUCACAGAGUUGCGCAAACUUUGCAAAAAGCGGGUCAUCAGGUUACUCUAAUCAAUCUCGUCUUGAUACCAAUACGAAGAAAAAAGCUUCCACCUCCUGAAGGCAUUGAAGAAUGGAAUGUUCUGCAAUACACAAAAGAAUCUGGAACAAACGAAAUUCUUGAAAUGAUAAAGGAUGUUUUUGGGGAUACAUCUUUCUUAACAGGCAAUGAAAGAAGACUAAUGGGACUUAUGCGGAAGGCAUCAAUUGAAGGAUGUAAAGGUUAUAAUUUUAUUUUAUAA